AUGAUGGAAGUGCCAAACCGCUUAGUCGAGGAACAAGCUAUUUCUGCAUCGCCGCCAGAUCAGCCAAAACUUAUGCAAGGAGGUAACUACAUUAAAGAAGGUAGAGAUUCUUCCAAAUCUACAUGGCUGCUCUUCUCCCCUGAAAAAGACGAAGCCGGUUCGCUAGCGCGAUUCUUGAGUAUUUUCUCCUCCCAUGGAGUAAAUCUCAGCCAUAUUGAAUCAAGAUCUUCAGCGAGACUUCCUGGCUAUGAAUUCAUGGUUGAAUGUGAACACGGAGCCGGUGACUUUGGCGCCACUUUGGAAGAUCUGAAAAAGAACGUGGGCUACUUGAACAUUAUUUCAAGAAAUUAUAAAGACAAUAGAUCUGCAGUCCCAUGGUUCCCUCGUCGUAUACGCGACCUGGAUCGGUUCGCUAACCAGAUCCUCUCUUAUGGUGCGGAGUUGGACGCAGAUCACCCCGGCUUUACAGACCCUACAUACAGAGCGCGUAGAAAGUAUUUCGCAGACAUUGCUUACAACUACAAGCACGGCCAGCCCCUGCCUCACGUGAACUACACUAAAGAAGAGAUUGCCACGUGGGGUGCAGUAUUUAGGAAACUCGUUGAACUUUACCCGACCCACGCCUGCAAAGAACACAACCAUGUUUUCCCUUUGUUAAUAGAGAACUGUGGAUAUAGGGAAGAUAAUAUUCCUCAGUUGGAAGAUGUCUCCAAUUUCCUCAAAGACUGCACCGGGUUUACUCUUCGGCCAGUGGCAGGCCUGCUGUCCUCACGCGAUUUCCUAGCAGGACUUGCUUUUCGCGUGUUCCACAGUACUCAGUACAUCAGGCAUCACUCGAAACCACUCUACACCCCGGAGCCAGAUGUGUGCCAUGAGCUGCUCGGACAUGCUCCUUUGUUCGCUGAUCCGGCAUUUGCCCAGUUUUCACAAGAGAUUGGCUUAGCGUCUUUAGGAGCACCGGAUGACUACAUUGAAAAACUUGCAACGUGUUUCUGGUUUACGGUGGAAUUUGGUUUAUGUAGACAAGAAGGUAAACUGAAAGCAUUUGGGGCCGGACUUCUAUCAUCUUUUGGUGAGCUGCAGUAUUGCCUCUCAGAUAAGCCCGAGUUGAGGGAAUUCGAACCAGAGAUUACAGGAGGACAAAAGUAUCCCAUCACAGAGUACCAACCCGUAUACUACGUCGCGGAGAGCUUCGAAAACGCUAAGGACAAAAUGAUUAAAUUCGCUCAAACCAUACCUCGUGACUUUGGAGUAAGAUAUAAUCCUUACACACAGAGCAUUGACAUUCUGGACUCACCGAGACAAAUGAAGGAACUGCUUAAGGAAGUUCACCAGGAAAUGGGCCUCCUACUUAACUCUAUGGAUAAAUUGUAG